GGCGCGCCGGCUGCAUCCCCAUCCUCGGCGUCGCCCGGCACAGCGAGCGGGAGCGAGGCGCGGGCGGCCGGAGCGCGGCAGGCGGAGCGCCAGGCCGGCCAUGGCCACCACCAGCACCACGGGCUCCACCCUGCUGCAGCCCCUCAGCAACGCCGUGCAGCUGCCCAUCGACCAGGUCAACUUUGUAGUGUGCCAACUCUUUGCCUUGCUAGCAGCCAUUUGGUUUCGAACUUAUCUACAUUCAAGCAAAACUAGCUCUUUUAUAAGACAUGUCGUUGCUACCCUUUUGGGCCUUUAUCUUGCACUUUUUUGCUUUGGAUGGUAUGCCUUACAUUUUCUUGUACAAAGUGGAAUUUCCUACUGUAUCAUGAUCAUAAUAGGGGCGGAGAACACGCACAAAUAUUGUUUUGUGUUUGCUUUGGGAUACCUCAUAGUGUGCCAAAUUACUAGAGUCUAUAUCUUUGAUUAUGGACAAUAUUCUGCUGAUUUUUCAGGCCCAAUGAUGAUAAUUACCCAGAAGAUUACUAGUUUGGCUUAUGAAAUUCAUGAUGGGAUGUUUCGAAAGGAUGAAGAGCUGACUCCAUCCCAGAGAGAUUUAGCUGUAAGGCGUAUGCCGAGCCUACUGGAGUAUUUAAGCUACAACUGUAACUUCAUGGGUAUCCUGGCAGGCCCCCUCUGCUCUUACAAGGACUACAUUACUUUCAUUGAAGGCAGAUCCUACCAGCUGACACAAGCAGGCGCAAGUGGCAGAGAAGAACUACACUGUGAAAGAGCAGAGCCGUCUCCAAAUACGGCAGUUAUUCAGAAACUCUUAGUCUGUGGACUGUCCUUGUUCUUUCACUUGACCGUCUCGAACACGUUACCUGUGGAGUAUAACAUUGAUGAGCAUUUCCGAGCUACAGCUUCGUGGCCGACAAAAGUGACCUAUCUCUAUGUCUCUCUGUUGGCUGCCAGACCCAAAUACUAUUUUGCAUGGACGUUAGCUGAUGCCAUUAAUAAUGCUGCAGGCUUUGGUUUCAGAGGAUAUGACAGAAAUGGAGAAGCUCGUUGGGACUUAAUUUCCAAUUUGAGAAUUCAGCAGAUAGAGAUGUCAACAAGUUUCAAGAUGUUUCUUGAUAAUUGGAAUAUUCAAACAGCUCUUUGGCUCAAAAGGGUGUGUUAUGAACGAGCCUCCUUGAGCCCAACCAUCCAGACGUUCAUUCUGUCUGCCAUUUGGCAUGGGGUCUACCCAGGAUAUUAUCUGACGUUUCUAACAGGAGUGGUGAUGACGUUAGCAGCUCGAGCUGUAAGAAAUAACGUCAGACAUUAUUUCACUGAACCUCCCCAGCUUAAAUUAUUGUAUGAUGUUAUCACAUGGACAGUAACCCAGAUAACGAUAAGUUACACAGUUGUGCCAUUUGUACUUCUUUCUGUAAAACCAUCAUUGAUGUUUUAUGGCUCCUGGUAUUACUGCCUUCACAUUGUUGGUAUCUUAGUAUUAUUGUUGUUACCAGUGAAAAACACUCAAAGAGGAAAGAAUACACAGGAAAAUGUCCAGCUGUCACGAUCCAAAAAGUUUGACGAAAGAGAAAACUCUCUGGGACGGAAUAGUUUUUCCACAACAAACAAUGUUUGCAGUCAGAAUCAAGAAGUAGCCUCUAGACAUUCAACACUAAAGCAGUGAUGGGGAGAACGCUCAAUGACUAUUUUUUGUAUGUUAACCGAAUCCAAUCUUAGCACCUUCUCAAGAGGUUUGGGUUUGUUUGAAAAGAGGUUAAGUGGGGGGAAAACCAGACAGUUAUUGAUAGGGAAUUUCCUGUGUACCGAUUGGAAAUGGGGUGAAAUACCCCCUCCCAUGCCAUGUCCCUGUGGGCCACGCCUUAUAUAUAAUAUUUCCAUGAUUUCAAUGACACUCAGGACCUCAGCAUAUGUCCGUAGGGUCGUAGGUGUGCCCUGUUGCUGAAUGUACGUUGUGAAUCCCAAGGCACUGAAGAAGUGGAAAAAUAAUUGUGUCAAUCUGGAUGAUUGAGAGAAAUUAACUUUUUCCAAAUGACUGUCUUGCCUUAAACCCUCUAUUUCCUAAAAUAUUGUUACUAAAUGGUAUUUUCAAGUGUAAUAUUGUGAGAACACUAUUUCAGUAUUUGAUGUUGUGUGCCGUAAAGGAAUUCUGGAGGCAUUUGAAACAGGAUAGUUAAGAAUGUGGAUACUUUAAAAAUGCAAUAAACAUCUCAGUAUUUGAAGGGUUUUUGUAAAGGGUCUCGAAUGACUACAGUACGUAGAGGAACUAUAAGCAGGUUCCCAAAUUAUAGGUAGGUGAUCCUCCCGGAGAGUUUAAUUACCUGUGUCUGUCAGAGAGCCCUUCAAGGAAGAAUUCCUUAAACAUAAUUAAAGGUUGGCAAUGCGAUCCUUUAAGCUUAUCUUCUUCAAGGAGAGAGAGACGACGAUGAAGGAAAGCAGGAAGGAUGGCAUGAAUGGAGAAAGCGCCAUGUGGCUGGAGCGAGACCUGGUGGCAGCUGUAACAGGUCGCGGGUGCUCAGCAGCCGUGCUUCUCCCCCUUAUUUAUCUGAGAUUUUUGUGAUUAUGUAAGACAUAAAAGUUUGAUAACUUUUUAAUGCGUUGGACUCUGAGAUUUAUCAAGACUAAGUUAUAUAGAAUUAUAAGAAGAUUAUGAAAAUAAUAGUGAAAGUGGAAUCAUUGAGUAAAGCUACUAUCUGGCUAGUUACUUUCUCAUCCUUGACAGUUUAAUUCACAAUUAGGAAAGUUUUAGGGGAAGGAAAACUUAAAGUCUUUGGGUCUGAGCCACAUUUUUAAGAAUAAUAUAAAUUAGUUUCCAAACCCUUAACUUCUCACAUUCAAAUUUUGCUGUUAACGCUUGUUACUGAGUAUUUGAUUCUGUAAGUAGAAAAAUGUCUCUUUAUCUUACGGGCCAUUUUCACCAAUCGGAACCUUGCCUUGAAUUCCUCCGAGGUGUCUCCUUUAAUCCCACAGCCUUGUGAUGCUGCAGUAGCUGCGAGAGAAGCCUGGGAUGUGAUGCCAGCCUGGUGCCAGGGCCUCGGCCAUGGAUCCUGAAUCACGGGGGCCGAGGGAGAAGGGUGGGUAGGGCUUUCGGACUACACCUUUAUUUGACCAAUCUUUUGUGGAAUUUAUUUUCUGUUUGCCUUAAAUUAUUUAAUGAAAUGCAAAUUAUCUAUGGUAAGUCUCUUUAUUUUUGUCAUUAAUAAAUUUGCAAAUGAACUUAACAGAACAACUAUGUGGCUUAAGCGAUGUAGUAUUUCAUUUAAAGAAGAAAGGAAAAACAAAUAAAUGUACUUGGAACUUUUGAGGUCUUAAUUAGCAAAAAUGUCAAUGUAUCAUUUUAGAACUUUAGAUAUAUCCGAGUAUUUGUUUCUAUGAAAUGUUUUUAUGUUUCUAAAGGUAAAUUUUUUCCACCUGAUGAGGUUAGCCAUGCCCUGUUACCUCUUGGGAAAGAAUAGAUAGCUGAAUAAAUUUUCUCUUUUCCCCCCAUGUGUUGAAAUUAAGCUUGCUGUGUAAUGUGAGAGGAUAGAUAGAAAAGAAUAAUCAUGGAAAGUAUCUGCCUCCCCAAAAUCUCUCCUCAGUUUAAUUAGUGCUACAGAGAAUCUGAUCACUGUUGAGAAAAAGUAAACAAAUUUAGAGUUUAAAAGACAAGUCUAGGCAUGUCAUAAGUGAAAACAAGAAAGCUUAUGAAAACAUUUUUGUUCAGCCUAUUUAGCCACUUAUAAUAAUCACCACUUAUUUGUAUUACCUGACUCUAUUUUAUUUCUGUAAAUGUAAAAUCACUCUUCUCUCUUGCUCAGUGAAUAUAACCAUAGGGCUACCAUGGAGAAAGCAAGACACUGAUGAAUUUUCCAGUUACUUUGAAGAUAAAUAGACUGAUUUUCAUCCCCCAGACCAACUAGUUUCUUGUUUUGUUUUUUUGUAUGAAAUGAUUUUAGGAUAGCUUUUCUCUAAUUUUGGAUAAAUUAUAAUCACAAGUAUGCAAUCUAGAAGAAAAACUAAAGAAAUCAUUCUAAUUCUUGACUUGACUUUUCUCCACAAGAAGAAACUUUUUGUGCUCUAUGCAAUGAACAUAUCUACUUGGAGUGUUGUAAGGAUUGAUACUUGACUUCCACUUAUAGAAGAAGAACUGAAAACUGGUGUAUCUCUCUUCUGCUGUUAAGUAUGAAGCAAUUCAGUAUAAUCUGGGCUUCUCCUUUUCUCAUCGUUGAAUAGGAUUCAGUGCAUAUUUACAUUAUUUCUCCACUUUUCAGUUGUCAUGAGACCACCCCAGAGAUGAUCAAUCAAUAUCGUAUUUAUACUUUCGGUUAAUUAUUAUACUACUCAGGGGAAAAACAAUGAACAAAAAUAAUUAUUCUUCCCUCAGUUUCAUUUUCUUGAAACAGUAGCAGUUAAUUUGUGUAUCUUAGCUGUCACCAUUUUCAAGUGGCUUAUUCUUGGUUUUUAAAAAUAAGCAUUUUUUUAUUGGAAUUCUGGGUAAUUGGGGAAAUUUAUUUAGCUUCUAAAAUGUCCCACGUAAUAGAGACAGUUUCUUUGGCUUCAAAAAUGCCCAGCCACCACUUAUGUCGCCACCAUACUUUUGGUUAAAAAGUAUUUUUGUUAUUGAUCUCUGCUAUGUGUGACAUUCCCAUACAGGGUUUCCACAGAUACCAGUCUUGAGAAAAAUCUGCGGUAAGAAGAAUGGUUCUAAAAAGUGAAGGUAACUCACACUGAAGCACUAAUGAUGUUGGGAGGAGACUUGGGUCUUCAUCUCGCUCAGUCACUAAUGACCCUGUGACUUGGACAAGGCACCUGUGUUCUAGACUAGAGUUGCUGAAUAAGCCCAAAGGGUCAGUCCUAAAAGUUUGUGACCAGUUGUGUUUGUAAUGAAUGGAAGCCUUAAGCAAGAUCUUUUAAGAGUCACAAACAGGGCAAGUUUGCAAUCAUAAUUAUUGUCAUGGUCAUUUACUUUUAUCACUUGUGCUCAAAGCCCUGACUUUUCAAAAGAUUUUCUGUGGCAACAGAAGAAAACCUUUCAGUCCAUGGCAGCAUACUGCUUUUACUGAAUAUAGCCCAUAAAAUGAAUUUUCCAUAAUGAAAUAGUCUCCACUGAAGAAAACAUAUUUUCCUUUAGUUUUCUCUGCUUUUUUGGUUUCUGUUUGUGAUGUGUAGAAUUGAAGGAGGUACGUGCUAAAAAAUAUUUUAUACAAAUUACCAGCUUUACCGGACAGGGUUUACCACCAUAUAACUUCUCAAAUAUAAUUUCAUUCAAAGCUAUUUAAAGCAUAUUUAAUUUAGUUACACCUUACUUUAAACUACAGGAAAAUUACUUAAAAUUUUUGCCAUUAAACUAAUUACAAAAUUUAUACUUUCAUUCGAGGACUAGAAUACACUUAGGACAAAAAUCUUUCCUAUUUAUAAUUCAUACCCUAUACAUUUUAAUUUGUAUGCUCAUGAACAGCUCUGGACAUUUAUACUUUUUUGUUUCCUUAUAAACUGUUCAAAAUUAUUAGUUAAUUGGUUUUAAGAGUUCUACAUUAUAACUGAAAGAAAAGAUUACUUGAAAGAAUAAUUGUUUCAGAAUGGUGCCCAUGAUUGAUUGCUGUGUCAGCAAAGGAUUUGUCCAGAGUUUUAGAUAUAAACCAGUAUUUUGUGGAGUUUCAUUCAGCCACGAGUAGUCCGUCCUGGCUGAAGCUGAAUACAUCAGCUCUAACGUAGGUGCAGAAUUCUAAACAACACUGUGAAAUAUAACCUUAACUGCCCUCCAGUACCAUGAAACCAUGACACUGGACCCAGCUACCGAGUAUCUGGUAGUUGGUACACUGAGCUUAGAUGCUGAGGGUUCUUCUUUCUAGCCUUUCCUUGUAUUAAUAAAAAGGGGCUUGUGUCCAUGCAGCAUCCAAAUGCUGAAGGACAAGAUUUGCAUUUAAGAGAAGAAAAUCCACUCUCAAAUUUGGAUUUGAAAGAUCAGAAUGGAGGGGGGCUCUCCAGUGUUUUUCUGCAGCACCACACGGUCAAAUCUAUUUGUAGUAACUCUCAUUACAGAAGAAAGUUUUAAAUGCCAUUUCCAUGUUGGUAUUGGUAGGAACGCUCUUCUCAUCACUGAUGAAGUUGCACUUUGAGGCUCUUGUAGAGAGGAUGCGACCAAUUCCAUUAGGAGGGGUGGGCUGCUUGUUCUGUUUUUAUAUGUUUGAAAAUAAUAUUUAUUUUAAUAGGUUUUUAACAUUAUGCAAAUCCCAGUAAAGAACUGACAGGCUCUAUAGGUCAUUCAUUGGGAAGACUUUCUAAAAAGGAGCCUAAAGACACGGUUUUAUGCUAAUUUGUCUUGCCUUGAAAACUGAUUGUAACUGUCUUUUAGUACACCUUUUCUAAAGCAAGCAAACAAACCCCAAGACUAUGUGUUCUAUAAACAGUAGUAUCAAGAUCCACGCAGAACCACUGUGCAAAGCUUACUCAGUGAUGCAUAGCCAUGUCCCCCAGUCACGUUUUAUCACAUUUUGCUACUAUAAAAAGAAAUGGAAAUAGAAUGAAAAACCAAAAGUUACAGAGCAACAGUAGUAGGACGACUAGCAUUUUCUUAAUAACAUGUUGGAAAUGGAAAAAGUGACUGGCUGCCUUUUACUGGUGUCAUACACAUCUGUGUCCCGCCCAGUCUCUCUUUUGGGGUAACUUCUUUGAGAAACUGAUGUGUUGAUAUUCCUUUCCAAUGAAAGGACAAACACAGGUAAAGAGUUUGACGAACUUUUGAAGUAUGCCUCUUUCCCAAUUUUAAAUAUUUUUGGUAUGUGAAUUUGUCAACAAAGUACAUUUGCUCCUGACUUCGUCAUGUGGAGAAAGGAAUCAAACAUCCAACACAAACGUGUUCCAAACCAGCCUUUUCCAUCUUCUGUCACCUGCACGUGACCACCUCUCCGAGCCAGAAGGGGCACAAUACAAAGCAGUAGGGACGAAAGUAAAAAUAAUUCCGUUGAACCUGAGAAACCUGCUCCAUACAGAGUGAAAGUGUGUGAUCUGAAUCCUGGCUUCCUUUAAAAGCUGUAUUUUGAUGUCCGCCUGAGAGGCGUCGAACACUGUUCCCCAAUCAUGAGGAGGGGCCCAGCGCCAGAACCAGUAUUUACAGGACUCUUUUGCCUUCCCAGGGUGAGACUAGAAUGUGGUGUUCUGUGCUUUUUGUUUUUAUUAUUCCAAAAUAUUUUUUUAAAGAAGUGUUAUUUUUCAACAGAUCCAUACGUUUGUUCCUGUUGUAUGCUAAAUUAAAACUACCACUGUGUCAGUUACACUGUGACGUGAUAAUUUCAUAACCACUCAUUUCUAGUCUGUGUCCCUAGCGCUGCUGCACUGGUGGCUUAUUGCUGGGUUUUAAAGAUAUUUUUAACUUACAUAUGAAUGUUUUUUUUUCUAAUUUGUGUGUCUUUAAAACUGAUUAAACAGUGGUUUAAAAUCA